GCUGGGAUGGGCGGAGGAGCCUGGAGGAGGCGGGGCCUUUGUUUGUUCGAGUCUCGGCUGGCAGCAGGAACAAAGGGUCCUGUAGUAGUAGUAGUGGAUCGGUAGCGCCGUCCCCCCUCAAACGGAUGACAUUAAUAACAUAUUGGGGAUUGCGAAUUGACAGGACGGUGAAGACUCAGCUGCUGGUUCUUUACUCCCCGUCUCUCUCCGGCUCUCAUCCCUGGACUGUGUUACCUUCGGUCGGAUCUGGAGCUUCCUCCAUCCAGCCUGUGAGGCUAACUGAGAGGCUAGGUGGCUAAAACACCGAGCAAACACCGCGUUUCGGUGGACCUUUCUCUGCAGGCUGUUCGUCAAAGUCAUUCAAGCUGUACUCUCCUAAGGAGCCCCCAAACGGCGGCAGCUUUCCCCCCUUCCACCCGGGCGCUAUGCUGGACAGAGAUGUGGGGCCUACACCCAUGUACCCACCGUCAUACAUGGAGCCUGGAAUGGGGAGACCCACACCGUACGGGAACCAGACAGAUUACCGGAUAUAUGAGCUGAACAAGAGGCUACAGAACUGGACAGAGGACUGCGACAAUCUCUGGUGGGAUGCGUUCACCACAGAGUUUUUUGAGGAUGAUGCCAUGCUAACCAUCACUUUCUGUCUGGAGGAUGGACCCAAAAGAUACACAAUCGGCAGGACGUUGAUUCCCAGAUACUUCCGAAGUAUUUUCGAGGGGGGCGCCACAGAGCUGUUCUAUGUUUUGAAGCAUCCAAAGGAGUCCUUCCACAGUAACUUUGUGUCUCUGGACUGUGACCAGUGCACCAUGGUGACCCAGAACGGCAAACCCAUGUUCACACAGGUGUGCGUGGAGGGUCGCCUGUACCUAGAGUUCAUGUUUGAUGACAUGAUGAGGAUCAAGACGUGGCACUUCAGCAUCAGACAACACAGAGAGGUCUUACCGAGGAGCAUCUUGGCUAUGCAUGAUCCCCAGAUGCUGGAUCAGCUGGCUAAAAAUAUCACCAGAUGUGGGCUGUCAAACUCCACGCUCAACUACCUCCGUCUUUGUGUGAUAUUGGAGCCCAUGCAAGAGUUGAUGUCAAGACACAAGACCUACAGCUUGAGCCCCAGAGACUGCCUGAAGACCUGCCUCUUCCAAAAGUGGCAAAGAAUGGUAGCACCUCCAGCAGAGCCAGCCAGACAAGCCCCAAACAAGCGGCGGAAAAGGAAGGUGUCCGGUGGAAGCACCGUGAGCUCUGGCGGAGGCACCAAUAACAACAGCAACAGCAAAAAGAAGAGCCCAGCAAACAGCUUUUCACUCUCCAGCCAGGUACCUGACGUGAUGAUGGUGGGAGAGCCCACUCUGAUGGGAGGGGAGUUUGGUGACGAGGAUGAGCGUCUGAUCACGCGGCUGGAGAACACGCAGUUCGAUGGGGCGAAUGGCCUGGAGGAUGAGGACAGUUUCAACAGCUCGCCUGCACUGGGGGCUCACUCGCCCUGGAACAACAAGGCUCCCUCCAGUCAGGAGAGCAAGCUUGACAACUCCCAGUCAUCCCAGUAGAGUUCUAAGGGACCAGAAAGCCCCUUUUUUAAAGCUUAAAAAACAAAACUGGGACCUACCUGAGCCAACACACUAGCAAGAGGAGUCAGGGAGGAUGGCCUCGAGCUCUUGUGUUCAGUUAAUUUCUAUUUCUUUUGUUCCGUUCUGUAUUUUUUGAGACAAAAAAAGAGAAUGGUCAAAGAUAGAAAAAAAGCCAAUGGACUGAUGGAGCUGUCACAGGAAGGACAGUGUCAGCAGAAUCCCACUCGCUCCCUCACAUUGUUGCACAUGCUCAGUGGUGCUCAGCCUUGGCCCUAAGCUGCUUGGCUCUAGUCAGCCCUCUUAGAGGCGUGGUGAGACUGGCGGGGUUUGUGCAUGUGUAUUUGCCCCCCCGCCCCCCCCCCCCCUUCCCUCUUCAUCGCUCACCAUAGCGCUUGAGCCAAAAGUUGGCAUGUCCUUUAAGUCUGAGUGCUGUCAUGGCAACCAUGUCAGUGGGUUCUUGUUCCAACCUCGGGUCUCGCAGGCGUGCGUUUCUCUUGACAACGCACUUUGUUGUUUCUGUUGUGCUCAUGUCACGGGGGAGAAAUGCUUAGCUUUCAUUUAACUUAUUAUUUCUUGCAGGCUGCAGAAAUCUGUGUGCACUCUUAGUGUUAAAAAUCCAACGUUCGGUUUUUAAAAACUCAAUCAUUUGUUUUUGUAGGACCUGGUUGGAACAAAAACCUGUACAGUGCCGGAGCUUGAGGACCGGAGUUGAGAACCACUACGCUAAAUGUUACACCCACACACACACAUACAUGCACAUACACACACAUUUACAUUGACAUACACACCCAGAAGAGUGCACACUCCAACACACACUCACCUACACCCAUGACAUAAAACAUUGAGGUACUGGAGACAGGUGGUACGCAGCAUGUCUGGACCAGAGCACCAGACCCUACAGAAGUGUGUUUUCAUUUUCUAUGUUUUAGACUUGUUUUGAAUUUUUUUUAUUUUUGUAAACAAUUUCUAAAAAAUAAACAGACAAGCAAGCAAGCAAACAAAAACACCCCAGAAUAUUCUUUGCACUGUUUUCCACUGUUAACUCCAAUCUAUUUUUCUUAUGAAUUGACGGUGUAUUUCUUUCUUUUCUAUUAUUGCUAAUGUAAGAACUGUACAACAUCUGAAACCUGCAGUAUAUUAAUGUAUAAGUAUUGCUGUUAGAUCAUUCUUCUUGUGAUGGUAUAACUUUCAUGUCAGUCUGUGCUUGAUAUAAUGUCAUCCAUCUGUGUCAGACGCCACACUGUCACCAGGUGCUUUGACUUCAGAGCUAGAAUACAAGUCUGGAGAGCAAGGGUGUGUGUGUUCUGUACGACAUCUCCAAAGCAGCACACUGAAAACCUCUUCCUUCACUUAAUUCCCAUCAAGCACCUGUUUGGAUCUGUCAUCUUGUCAUUGCAGAACUGUUUGCUUUUGUCUUGAAAAUCUCUAUCUGGGGGGUCCUCUCUUUAGUGAACAUAGAUGCAGAAAACUUCUCAAAUUUGCUACUCUAAAAUAUUUUAAAAACAAGUUUUGACAGGAUUGUAAAAUAAGAAAAAAAGACUUUUGUAUUAACUUAAGUUUCCCAGAAAUGUUUUUAAUCUCAAUUAAGAAAGCUGCAGACCAAGGAGCUACAUGUAAAGACUCUUUAGAUAUUGAUUACACUGUGCUGUUUUAUGUUUUAUGAAGAAUCAUUUUGUUGGCUUUACUCCUCAUGUUUGUGUCUGUGCUUGUAUAUUUUUAGGUAGUAAUUUCUGUAAAAGUUAUUCUAUGUAUUCCUCCCUAGAACUAUGAGAAACUCAAUCUAAUGUAAAGAGAUGAAAAGCCUCUUAAAGUUUUUUUAAACGUGAUUUUUAAUGGUACAAUCACUGAUAAAAGAAUUUUGCCCUCAUGUUAGCAAACUGUAUUUAUUUUUCUAUGUACUGACAUUCUGUUUAGGUCCAACUCACCUGUACAAAACUCAUGAUUAUAUAAGGAGGAGUUUGUGGGACUGCAGACCCACAUAAUGCUUCUAGAGGUUAGUUGUGUUUUUUCACAUACAGCUUCGAGGUAUAUCCGCCCUGUUUAUUACAGUGACUCAGUGUAUGACAUUAAUGCCAUUCCCUGCCUUUGUAUGCAGCUGGGCUAACUGACAAAUUAUGAGGUCUGCUGAAAACAAUAUCCACAACUAGAGGAAGAGUUAGUCAUCCUUUUCUGUAAAGUUGCUCUAUUUUGGGAUGAGUCAUCCUUCGAUGCGUCACAAUGGCACAAAAUCUGUUGGAAUUUGAUGAAACUACAGAACCAUUAGACCACCAACAUGUUUGUUUUUAUGAAUUUGAUUGAUACAUUUCAAACCUUGAAACUGAAAAAUGCAAAGUAGAUGUUUCUUUAAUGCUGAAACAUGCUGACCACAGACAUCACAUCUUACCUUGGGGAAAGUAUCCCAUGAAUUUACAGUUUUUCUACAUGAUGCAAAAUGCAGCUUAACCUGUGAGAUUCAGCGACCUCACAGCUAUUAGACGGUAAUAAGCAGACUCCCCCAGCAGGGGUCUCUCAGAGCAACCAUACAGACCGGGUUAAUUCUGGCAGAAAUGGCAUCUGUAAAUCCACACUGAGCUGCAGGCUGUUGUGUUCAAAUCCCUUUUCAUUGUCCCCCAAACCUCUAGUCUCCUUUUUUUUGUGGUGUAUCAACUCAGCAGGCAGACGCAGAAUUGAAUCUAGGGGCAACUUUUCGACACCCUGUGUUUCCUAAGUUGACUUCAUUUAGGGAAUGAGGGUUUGUGAUAUGCGAGACAGAUGAAAUGGCAAUGCACCCAUCGCUGGCUCCUGUAGCACCUCACCAUAGGGGUGAUUUUAUAUCUAUAUUUUUUGCCAGGUUUCUGUCUGAUAAUUCAUGUAUGGUAUCAAUAAAGAUGAAUUUUCACUGAA